AAAAGCCGGCUUAGAUUCAAACACACCCACACAGGCUGGACUGUGGCCCACGACACCCAGCUCAUCUUUGGGUCCCUUGGCCUCCAAAGAGAGUCCCUAGGGAGCAGAGAAGGAGAAAGGAAGAGGCGGGUUUGGCUAACGGAGACGUCGGCCAUGGGAGAAGGAACUGCCGGAAGCAUGGCAGGCCUAGAAGAGUGGAGGAACAAGGUUUGCCAGUGCAAGGAGUUCCUGAGACCCUUCAAGAAAUGCCUGCGGAAGCUGAAUUUGCCCAAAGAUUUCCCAAAGGAGAAGAGGCUGAGCUGCACCCGGAAGAACCUGACCAUCCUCGGGGACCAUAUCAACAUGUUCCUUCAGCACUACUGCAAGACGUGGGAGCUGAAGCACUGGAAGAAGAUGCUUUGGAGGUUUGUCUCCCUCUUCUCAGCACUCGACGAGAAGCAGCUGUGCAGAUUGUACCGAUAUAGCAAGACCGACCAAAUGGCCAAGUUCCUGAAAGCUUAUUGCCAGUUGGAAAGCCCCGACAUGGUUGUUCUGCCCGAGUGUGGCAAGCUGAUGAAGCUGCGUGAUACCUGGGGCCUCCACGGCGGUGCAAAGACGCAGGGGAAACUAAAACAGGUGUGCUCACUGUCGCGAGACUCUGACCUGCCUCUGGGAAGUACGUCAAAGAAGAGGCUACACAAGAGGCCCUCAAAGGCGAGAAGGAAGGAAGGUGUCGAUAUCAGUCACCCCACGUACAUGGCCACCAUCUCACCUACCUCCAGCAGCAAUGAAGCUGCGAAGCUUUCUCCAACGGCUGAAGAAACUCCUUUAAAGACUGACCAUUAGCAUGUGUGGCAUUUGCCAAGGAGACAACA